UAGAGGCUAAAGAGUUAUGUGCCUUGCCAUGGGUCCAUAACCGCUUGAGUGCUGCUGUGUCUUGAUGUAGGAUUCAUUGGUUCAGUCUAAGCUGUAGGGGGCUUUUCCCCUCUAGAGAGUCUAGUCCAGCCUGGGUCACAUACCCUUCUGCAUUAAAGAUAGUUAAGUGGUCUCUCAUGCCCAGCUGUGCUGUAAAAAUAUUGCUCAUCCUAUAGGCUCUUCCUAGGCUCAAAGCUCCCUUCAUGCCUGACAGAGUCUCUACAAAAUGAACCUGCUCCCUAACUACCUGGUGUUAAAAUGCAGCCCCUGCUGGGAGGGAGUGUAGCAGUAGCAUGAGUGUCUGUUUUUCCAAGGCAAGAAGGAAACUCACAUGAAUUGGCAGCUGUGGUGGCAGACUAAUGUUCUUCCUGGGGUUUCCCCUGGAGUCACAGCCUGCUGAGUGGGUGCUUGCUGCAAGAGAUGACUAAAUGAAAGUUUGCCAUACAACCGCCAUGGGAGGCUUGCUCUGACCCAUUGAGCUCUGUGGGGUGAGAUGCUCCCUGGAGGACUCUGCCCAGCUCCAACAGGCAGCCUAGACUACUCUUGCUGACAGGCAUAGGUUCAGAGGUUGAGGGUGUUACCUCAGUGGGGUCCCAUUGCUCUGGAUCCUGCCUUAGUCCAGUGUGCCUUUGGGUGCAAGGGAAGGACUGUCAGGGUGCAGAGUCUUUGGGAGGUGCCAUUGUCUCCUGAGGUCUACGUUUGCUUUGAACAUUGCUCAUGUGUUUGGAAGGACUUCUCCAGUGUCAUGGGCUGGAGUCUGGCCUAGGUCCUGGGAUGAACCCCUGCCAUUGAGGACAGGGCCUAGAGGUCUAAAAAACCCAGUGCACUGGGGCCAGCAUGGUGAGCAUGCCACCUGCUGAGGCCCAUGCUCCACUACAGCUCCCUCAGAAGAGCCUGAGUUGGUGUGGGCUGAGCCCCAAUCUCCACUCUUUGUGGCAUUGUGCUCCCCUGGUGCCACACAGGUCAGCGCUGGCUGGGGAUGAGCACCUCCUUUUGAGUCACCCACUCUGCAGUGCCUAGACUGGGGGCUGCUCUCCCCUGCAGCAAGCACUGCCCAGCCUGGCCCUGCAUAGCUAAAGUAGCAGUGCCACCAUGAAGGCCUCAGCCCUGCGUGCCUGGGUAUGUCCUAUUUAGAGCCAGCUGUUUCCCUUGGCUCGGAAUGUCUCGGGGAGGGGUGGGGCGGAUGUGCAGGACCCGGGAUGCUGCGGGGUCAGCUGGGAGAGUGGGCAACACGUGUCCUGUCUGGAGCCAGGCAAUGCGAGAACAGUGCGGGGCAGCCUCGGGGCGCGGGCCCGGGAGAUGCCGGGCUCGGACACGUGGCUGUUGGGAGUCAAGGAGGAGUGCAGGGGUGGCACCGGCCCUUGCUGACAACGAGGAGGAGGCUGGAGCCGGCCUGUGGUGCUGCCGCCAGCCCGGAGCACGGCCGCGGGUGGCCCCUUCUCCCCGGAACAGCGGAGCUGCAGGCGGCGAGCAGGAGUCCGGGAGCCACAACAUACUCAGCUCUUCUCCGGUGCUGAGGACCAGACAUGAAGCUCAGAAGAGAGGCCCUGGGGCUUCUGCUAUCUUGGGCUUGCUUGCUGAGUCUACCCAUGUUUGCUUGGGGCUUCGCAGGCCAUGGCACAGGCCCCAUUUUCUUUGACCGCCCAUUUGUUACCGUCUGGAAUGCACCAACCGAGAACUGUGAAAAGAAAUUUCAUGUGUCCCUUGACUUGGGAAUCUUUGAUGUGGUACUGAACCGCAAUGAGUCCUUUAUGGGCAACAAGAUGACCAUCUUCUACAGCACCAAGCUUGGCCUCUAUCCAUAUUACACCAAGGAUGGGUUCCCAGUUAACGGGGGUGUCCCCUUCAACAGCAGCCUCCCGGCCCAUCUCCAGAAGGCUGAGCAAGACAUCAAGGCUGACAUCUUGGAUCCCAACUUUCGGGGCCUGGCAGUGAUUGACUGGGAGAGCUGGCGCCCUUUGUGGGUUCGGAACUGGGACAGCCUGGACAUCUAUAAGAAGAAGUCCAUAGCCCUUGUCCAAGAGCGCCAUCCUGACUGGUCUCCCAAGAGGGUGGUAAAGAAAGCCGAACUGGUGUUUGAGAAAAGUGGCCGGGCCUUCAUGGACCAAACCCUAGCACUGGGCGAAUGCCUGAGGCCUGGUGGAUUCUGGGGCUUCUAUGGCUUCCCCUGCUGCUAUAACAAUGACUUCAAAAAUGUCAACUACACAGGGGAAUGCCCUGAGAUUGAGCAGCAGAGGAAUGACCAGCUGCAGUGGCUGUGGAACCAGAGCGGAGCGCUCUAUCCCAGCAUCUACUUGCCCAAGGAGCUGGAGGCAUCAGGCAAGGUUCUGACAUACGUCCGCCACCGCAUUGGGGAGGCAUUCAGGGUGCAGAAGUGGGUAACAGGUGGCAGUCUCCCUGUCAUACCAUAUGCCCACAUCUCGUAUGAGCUCACAGAUGACUUUCUUUCACAGGAAGACUUGGAAAACACUAUUGGAGAGAGUGCUUCUCAAGGUGCUGCUGGGAUUGUCCUGUGGGGGAGUGAGGAUUAUAGCAACUCCCGGGAGUCCUGCCUGGCAGUGAAGAAGUUUGUGGAUGGAAUCCUGGGUCACUACAUCAUGAAUGUGACCAGCAGCACUAUUCUGUGCAGUGAGGCAGUUUGCUCCAGCCAUGGGCGCUGUGUGCGGAGAGACACUCACCCUGAGGCUUAUCUGCACCUCAGCCCUGCCAGCUUCACCAUAGAGAGGGACCCCAAGGAGCACCGCUUCUUCCUGCUAGGACACAAGUCAGAUGCUGAUGAGGCCAAGAUGAUGGAAGAAUUCAUAUGCCAAUGCUAUGAGGGCUGGGAAGGGGAAUGGUGUGAAAACAAAGCCACUGCAGAAUGACACCCCUAAUAGAGAGCACCCAUCCACAUGGCCUACCGACUCCUAUAUUGUGUCCCCAUGCACAGCCCCAUUCCACAGAUGCACUUGCCCCACAUGACUCUGUAUCCUCUCCCCAGGGGGCACACCCUAAACAUGCACCCACUCCAUAUGGUCCUGGAAACCUUCCACUUGAAUCUCUACUGUAUACAUAUAGAUAUCCCACAGGCCCCAUGCACCCUCUUCCAGAGGCAUAGAACUCCCCAACACACACAUGCACACGUACACAUACACUCCACUUGGGGUGCAGUGCAUCUUCCAAGUGGAGAUUUUCACAAAUGCCACAUGCGUGGAUCCACAUGAGCACUCACAUGAAGGGAAUCUUGCCCCAACUCAUUCAUUUUGCUCACAUAAAGAUCAUGUAGUGGAAUUAAAUGCAUCUCCAGCAUGUCUACAAUGUCCAGAGAUUUAUGUUUCACCCCCAGAAAUACAAACCAACUCAGUUUGCAGGUCAGGCAUUAUAUACUGACAUGUAAAAAGCACGUACUAGUGCUAAAGCGCUUCAUCGUAAUGUAAAAGAAGACACAGUGCUUCACUGGAAAAAAAUCUUAAUUCAACAGUGAAGGAAAAUCACAUGCUUUAAUUGUGCCAGUAAUUCUUGUACCAGCUGGAUGAUCCAAUUUGCAUGUACAGCAAUAAACAAAAUGUUCUUUGCAAGG